AUUUUGGUGAUCAUCUCCGUGAAAGCAGAAUUAGAAGCACGCUCGUGAAUGGUCGAUCGUCUUCCAUUCAAGUGUCGAAUUGACCUUGCCUAAGCCAAAUCUAUUGUCGACUGCCGCCGCGGCGGCCCAACUUAAACCUAUAUAAACCACAUCACCGUUUCCAUGCUCAAAAUGAACAAAACUUACGCCGAUUAACAAGUACUUAAGCUCGACAAGUGGUCCGGAGUGCGCGCUUGAAAUAUGCUGCUUGAUGAUUUUAUAAGAGUUAUAGUUAGUCACAGACAAAAAAGUACGUUAAGUGAGUGUUUUUCGGAUUUAGUUGGGAUUUUUUGUUGAAUUUUAUAUGAUGGAAAGUGAAAAUGAUGCGGCCAAAAGCGAGAUAAAUUCGGGCAAAAGUUGCGAAGUUUCACCGAAAGAAGCUGCGGUAGUUUUAAAUAAUUUAGGAAGCGACAAUGACGAAAAACACAAAAAAUUUACGAUCAAGCAAAAAAUCGCGUUGGUCAUGUUGGCGGGGGCGGACUUCAUGUGUUUCUGUUCGAUGUCGAUCAUGGCCCCCUUUUAUCCACAAGAAGCGGCCAAUAAGGGGAUGACCGAGUCCAUGGCUGGGUUUGUUUUUGGAUACUAUGCGCUCGUUGUUUUUUUAACGUCGCCGAUUUUUGGAAAGAUUCUUCCGAAAAUAGGGGUCAAAUUUUUAUUUAUAGGUGGACUUAUAACUUCAGGGAUUUGCAGUAUUACAUUUGGUACUCUACACUCUAUAGACGACUACAACACUUUUGUAACAUGUUCCUUUAUAAUCCGGGGACUUGAAGCUCUUGGUGCUAGUGCCUAUUCAACAGCGGGCUAUGUCAUUAUAAUAAAUAUUUUUCCAGACCAUGCUGGAGCCGUACGAGGUCUUUUAGAAACAUUUGUGGGUCUGGGUAUGAGCGCCGGCCCAGCCAUUGGAGGACUCCUUUUUGCGAUUGGGGGGUUCAGCUUACCAUUUUACGUAGUUGGCUUGAUUAUAGUACUAUUGGCACCACUAAACAUGUGGCUGUUACCAGAAUCAGACAAAUGUUCGUUAGAUGUAAAAACUGGCUCAUUACUAAACCUACUAAAGCUGCCAUCUGUGAUAUUUACAUGUAUUAUGAUGAUGAUUAUAUCCAUGACUUGGGGAUUCUUAGAUCCUACAUUGGAGCCCCAUCUUAGAAAAUUUAGCUUAAGUCCUGGAAAAAUCGGACUUAUAUUUUUACUCCUAUCAGCUGCAUAUGGUAUAAGCAGCCCAGGUUGGGGCUGGUUGACUGACAGAGUGGAAAACUAUCAGUGGUUAAUGCCCAUUGGGCUUUUCGGAAACUCCAUUGUAUUAUUACUACUGGGACCAUCUCCCUUACUAAGCUUUUUGGAAGAUUCUAUAUUGCUUAACGUAAUUUGUUUACCUUUACUUGGAAUUUUUGUGGCUAUGUCUUUGAUGCCCACCUAUCAAUUUGUGUUGGAUAGCGCCAUUAAGGGUGGGUUCACAGAAAAUAUAGGAACCCACAGUGUGAUAGCGGGUCUAUGGUCUUCGAUUUAUUCCCUGGGCGAAGUCGUGGGUCCAAUCCUUGGAGGAGCGAUUUUAGAAAACUGGAACUUUCCAGUCACGUCAUCCACAUUUUCGCUUCUAAAUUUUGUGACGGCCAUAAUAGGAUCGAUAUAUUUCCUGAGAUUACUAAAAGAAGACAAAAAACUUAAAAACAAGGUUUUGGUUGCGAGUCCAGAGAUAAAAGUAUGUUACAUCAAUGAUGUGUGUGAAGUGAAUAUAGGUUUAGAGAAAACCACAAAAAACGGUCACAUAAGAAUAGAAAAUAUAAAAACAAAAUAAAUGUGAUACAUUGUUAUUUAUUAAUAAGACAAAAACAAUAAUAAUUGGCGGACAAAAUAAUUAUUCCUAAAAUGUCCAGUUUAAUUUUUUUAAAAACUAUUUAUUAAGUAUUAAUUAUUACCUACCUUAGUUAGAUUUUAAUAAUCGAAAUUGUGCCAUCUAGGUAUUGAGAAAAUGAUAUAUAAAAACUUGUUUUAAAUAAAUAAAGAAUUCAAAUUACUGGUUUUAUUUACAUAUCCAAAUACACACAGAAAAAACGCUAGCAUAACAUGAAUGGGUGAGCCAUUAAACCAAUGGGAUCUUGUAAUCCGUAUUCCUGAAUAAC